CUUCGCAGAUGGCGCUCUGUGCGGCCCAACAAUGCAUGUGUUCCUUUUACGCGGUUUUCGCGCUAAGCCUAAAAAUGCGGUAGUUUACCGAGUUCAAAAAAUGUGCUUGUUCCGUUCAUUCAUUUUGUUUGUGGAAGUGGUCUGAACUUGCGCAAGGUAUUCCUCGCGCGAAACGCAGCUAUGGAUCCCAAUUUAAGCGACUCGCUAGGUUACUCUCUGAGCCAGUUGAGCACGCCGGUACCCGAGCGGUCGCGCAGUCGCUUCAGCAAUCGGUCUUUCUUACAACGGACUCAAGACAGCAUCUCGCCUUCGUCGCGAAGAGUGUCUCCCUGGCCUCCGAGUCGACGAAAUGGCAGCCGCGUUGCCGUCGCAGACACCCUCAUCUACUCCACAACGGACUGUGGAACCGGCUUGCUUCGGAGGUCUGUCAACGCUAGUGCCAAUCCCGGAGCGACCGAUGUCACCUUGUUCACCGCCGCCGCAUUGGGCAGCGAGCAUCCGGCGGUUUCUGCCACAGCAGGUAUCUACGCAGAGUUCAUGGAAGCCUACCAUUCAUACGCGAGUGAGCACGACAUCCUAGACCUGCUCGACAAAUAUGAGGCCCUGUGCGAGAAGUACUUGGCCAAGCUGAAGAAAGUAGCCGAACGAAUGCUGUCCAGAACGGGUGACGCGGUGUGGCAGGAAACUCAGUCUUGCCUGACGUUGCUGACGGAAGAACGCAACACCUGGCAGCUGACCAAGGUUUUACUUCGCGACCAACUCGAGUCCGUCGAGCAGCUCGACGACGAGGAACAGAUGACCGUCGACGGCGUCGGCGGCAAGGAGACCAGCGACCGCCAGAUAGUGGAUGCGCUCUACGCGAAAGACGCGCUCAUCCGGCGCGCCCAACUGGUGGUGGAUUGGCUGGAGCGUUGCGCCGCCCUCGACCACGAGUCCGAGGACCGCGUCGAGUACUUCGCGGACGUCGGCGGCUGCGCGUGGGAGAACACGCUGUACCGGUUACAGUCCCAGGGCGAUGGCGGCGUCCCCAACUGUGUCAGUCAACUCGACCCGGACGCCCCCUCGCGACUGCAGCAGCCACUACACGACGAAGACCGCGAGGACGAGUGCCGCCUGUUCCGCAACGUCUUUUGCCAUCUCCGCAAGGGUCAGCUGCAGAGGGCUCAAGAGCUGGCCAUGGAGAACGGUCAUCAUUGGCUGGCCGCCGCGCUCGAAGGCUGGAAAGCCCACCACGACCCCAACUAUGGCGGCCUCCUCAACGGAGCAAGUUCCUUACAGCCUGCCGAGGGCAACCCGUACAGGGACCUGUGGAAGGAGGCCGCGUGGGAUGCCGUAAGCGGUCCGAACUGCUCCGUCUACGAGCGUGCGGUCUACGCCGCCCUCUGCGGAAACCUGAAGGGCCUGGUUCCCGUCUGCCACAAGUGGAAGGACCUCCUGUGGGCACACAUGCGCCUCCUGGUGGACGUGGGCAUCGAGCAGGAGCUUCGCACUGCGACAGAACAGAGCAGGAGUCUCGAGCCUCUGCCGCCAGGCUACCCGAACCAACGCAGGACACUGCAAGAGGUGUUCAGAGACCUGCAGGCGACUCUAGGAUUCGCGCGUCAGAAAGAGCUCGGACUGGAGUAUGUCGUGCAGCGCUGCGUCAUCCUCAACGACGUGCGGGGCAUGGCGGAAGAGAUGAAGGAGUGGCUUGCCAACGAGGAACGCCGAGUGAACGUUCCAAUGCAGACGGUGCGUUUCGCGGCCCACAUGGUGCUCCUGGCGCGGCGGGUGGGAGGGUCGCAGGCUCCGAGCCGCGAGGCUUGUGAUGCCGUCGUGCGCUGCUACGUCUCGCAGCUGGUGAGCGAGGGACGGGCGGAGCUCGUGGCAACCUACGCCGCCACGCUUCCGACUGCCGACCAGGUGUCCAGCUACGUCCGUCUGCUCAAGGACAUGCCGGAGGACGACCCCGAGCAGCGGGAACUGUGCCUGACGCUUGCGAGGGAGGCUGGCCUCAACGUGCCCCUCAUCACGCGCACACUGGUGGAGCAAGUCCGGCUGGCAGACGACGACUUUGCGGCUCCAGAGGAGGCGUCUGCGAGGCUGCGAUCUCCGGAUGUUACUCCCGAAGACCUCCGGAAGGUGGCCUCGCUCGACUGGCUGCUUUUCGACCCAUCGACGCGGGGAGAGGCCCUCAAGCAGGCCAACGCGCUCAUGCGGGGCUUCGUGUGCCUAGGCAAGGUGGCGGCCGCGCGCGAGGCCUUCCGGCGCCUACCUUCGGACUCCGUCGACGUGGUGUCCGCGCAGUGGCCCAGGACGACGGAGGGACGGUCAGCCGCAGCAGACGACGAGAAUGCAGUGCGCGAGUUCUUCUGCUUCCAGGCGCUGCUCCAGGCGCACCAGAGCUUCCAGGACUGGUUCGAGCAGUUCCACCGCCACAAGCCCGCUCCACCGGAAGAGGUGGCCCCUGGGGCACGCUUCUCGGAGAAGGUGGCGCACGAGCACCGCGUCAGGAGCCACCAGCUGGAGCUGCAGCAGUGGCGCGGCACGGUGAGCACGCUGGCACGGGAGGUGGAGAAGGAUGUCUACAACGUGCUGCUCUUCGUGGACGGUGGCUGGAUGGUGGACCAGCGGGAGCAGGCGGACGACGCGCGCCGACGGCAGAUGGAGGCGCUCCGGCGUCUGUGUAUACCACAGCUGACGUUCCUCCUCCACGAGGCUCUGCUUGAGUCAGGGCUGGCGGCGGACUGUCCGAGAUUGUUGGACGUCGUGGCGUCGGAAAAGCAGGGACUGUACCGCGAGUUCGGGCAUGAAGAGCUGCAGACGUUACUGCGGAGAAGCAAGGGGGUGUCGCUGCCACUGCUUGACGAAGGACUCGAUGCACUGGGCUAUCCCCUGGAGUGAACGAAAGCGACGAGUGUGUUUUGAGAAAGUGGGCCAAGUCUCGACAGUUGCGCACGUCCUCGUGUGACUGUCGAAACAGACGAGAGAAAAAACUAACACUGCCACCGACACUGCUUUGUAACUUAGCUGCUGGAAUUGUGUAUUUUUUUGUAGGGGAAGGAGUGGGAUGGGGGGUAUGUUUUAUUUUUAUGCUUUGGGUUUUUUCGAGGGAAUGUUGUUGUUACCUGUUUCCUUUUGACAAGACUGUUUUGUGUGAAGCGCGAGUUAACUCGCGUUUUUCUGCAAGUGGUCCUCGAUUGUUUUGGUUAUGUUCUCUCAAAAGCAUUUAUUUUAUUGCUUCGCUCGUUCGGGAGGCGUAACUAUGAUUCUUGCCAAAUUGUCCGGAGCUAUUUGUAUAGGAAGAAGACGAGACUAGGAGCGGAACCAAUUGAGAAAAAAAAAAUGUUUUAUACUCCAGGGGAACUUGAGACUCCUCAUUCUAGCACUCUGAUUACAGUUGACACAAAUAAAUGUAAGGCUCAACAUUUCCCCU